AUGUCUAACCUUCCUCACGAGCCCGAGUUCGAGCAGGCCUACAAGGAGCUUGCCUCGACCCUUGAGAACUCCACCCUCUUCCAGAAGAACCCCGAAUACCGCAAGGCCCUUGCUGUCGUCUCCGUCCCCGAGCGUGUCAUCCAGUUCCGUGUCGUCUGGGAGGAUGAUGCCGGCAACGUCCAGGUCAACCGCGGUUUCCGUGUCCAGUUCAACAGCGCCCUCGGUCCCUACAAGGGUGGUCUUCGUUUCCACCCCUCCGUCAACUUGUCCAUCCUCAAGUUCCUUGGUUUCGAGCAGAUCUUCAAGAAUGCUCUCACUGGCCUGAACAUGGGUGGUGGUAAGGGUGGUUCCGACUUCGACCCCAAGGGCAAGUCCGACAACGAGAUCCGUCGCUUCUGUGUUUCCUUCAUGACCGAGCUCUGCAAGCACAUCGGUGCCGACACUGAUGUUCCCGCUGGUGACAUCGGUGUCACCGGUCGUGAGGUCGGUUUCCUCUUCGGCCAGUACCGCAAGAUCCGCAACCAGUGGGAGGGUGUUCUCACCGGUAAGGGUGGCAGCUGGGGUGGUUCCCUCAUCCGCCCUGAGGCCACCGGUUACGGUGUUGUCUACUACGUCGAGCACAUGAUUGCUCACGCCACCAACGGCCAGGAGUCCUUCAAGGGCAAGCGCGUUGCCAUCUCCGGUUCCGGUAACGUUGCCCAGUACGCCGCCCUCAAGGUCAUUGAGCUCGGCGGUUCCGUCGUCUCCCUGAGCGACAGCCAGGGCUCCCUCAUCAUCAACGGCGAGGGUAGCUUCACCCCCGAGGAGAUCGAGCUCAUCGCUCAGACCAAGGUCGAGCGCAAGCAGCUCGCCAGCAUCGUCGGUGCUGCUCCCUUCAGCGACGCCAACAAGUUCAAGUACAUUGCUGGUGCCCGCCCCUGGGUUCACGUCGGCAAGGUCGACGUCGCUCUCCCCUCCGCUACCCAGAACGAAGUUUCCGGCGAGGAGGCCCAGGUCCUCAUCAACGCUGGCUGCAAGUUCAUCGCCGAGGGUUCCAACAUGGGUUGCACCCAGGAGGCCAUCGACACCUUCGAGGCCCACCGUACCGCCAACGCUGGCGCGGCUGCCAUCUGGUACGCCCCCGGUAAGGCCGCCAACGCCGGUGGUGUCGCUGUCUCCGGUCUGGAGAUGGCUCAGAACUCUGCCCGCCUCAGCUGGACUUCUGAGGAGGUUGAUGCCCGUCUUAAGGACAUCAUGCGCGACUGCUUCAAGAACGGUCUUGAGACUGCUCAGGAGUACGCCACCCCCGCUGAGGGUGUCCUGCCUUCCCUGGUGACCGGAUCCAACAUUGCCGGUUUCACCAAGGUGGCUGCCGCCAUGAAGGACCAGGGUGACUGGUGGUAA